AUGUCUAAAGAGUAUAAUCCACCAACCGGAGCUCCACCAAAUUGGGGGAAUGAGGGAGGACAACAGGGCUACGUUCCACAAGCUCAACCAUCAUACAAUACUCAACAACAAGAUAGAGGAUAUGGUGGAUAUCAACAACAACAAGGUUAUGGAGGUGGAUACCCCCCUCAACAAGGUUAUGGUGGUUAUCCUCCACAACAGCAAGGCUAUGGUGGACCUCCACCAGGUGGUUACUAUCAACAACAACAACCAGUAUAUGUUCAACAACAACCUCAAAGAGAUGAUAGUUGUUUAAUGGCAUGUUUAGGUGCUUUAUGUAUUUGUUGUACUUUGGAUAUGCUUUUCUAG